UUCCCCUUUCUUCUGUAACCAUCUUUAUCAAUUGUCAAGAGCGAUCGAGAGAGAGAUCGGUUGCGUUUAUUUGUUUUGCACGAAGAGAGAGAGAGAGAGAGAGAAAUCGGGUGUGUUUUUUUUACCUUCUUUGCUUUGCACGAAGAGAGAGAGAGAGAGAGAGAUUGGAGGCAAAUUCUCAUCUCAUCAUCUCAGCACAAGGUUAUUGCACACUAAGAAGCAGAAGAGAAUUCAAGCAUCAACUCUCAGGAGAGCAUCAAGAACAUCAAGAAAAAUUUCAAUAGCGCCCUCGGGUUUGAAGAAAAGGAGAAGCUUGAAUCUGCCAAUCAAGGUUUUGAUUUGGGGGUUUGUUUGUACGCAUAUUACUUUAUCUGUCCUGGCUUUUCUCCAAGAAAGCAAAGCGCGGGCUAUCUAUCUAGUACAAUAUACUAAAGCUGAUCGGUUGCCCGGUUUCCUGUUCAUCACUGUGCACAAAGUGGAGUGACGCUUUUGCCCUUAUGUUUCUCUGAUUUACGGGAUGCCAUCGUUCUAUAAUCAAGUCAAAUACACGUAGAUUUUGUUCGUGGUGAUUUCAUUUUGCUGCGAGGGGAAAGAAGAUCUGUGUCGAAUCUGUCUGCAAGAUUUAGAUCGGUGGAGAGAAAGCGUUUUGUAUCGAAGUGUGUCAAAAACUUUUGAGGCCCAUAGCAAUAAUCUAAAGCUACUUGAAAUGGUCUUCUGGAUUCACAGAAACCCAGAAUAAGGAAGACCUUCUUCCCUUGGCACCAGAGCUGUAGGCUGUAAGAGUAAGCCCCAAAUCCAAAGCUCACUCUCGGGUUUGGUGAGGUUGAUUAUAUCAGCAAAAUUUGGAUGGAGUGCGUGGUUCAGGGAAUCAUAGAAACACAGCAUGUUGAAGCCCUUGAGAUUCUUCUUCAGGGUCUUUGUGGUGUUCGCAGAGAACCUUUGAAGGUCCAUGAGAUAUGCCUUAAAAGUGGCCCAAACUUAGGAGCUGUACCUUCUGAGGUUCGACUUAUUUGCAAUCUUGAACAAACUGAACCUACAUGGACUGUGAGGUUCGUGGGGGGUGCGAUGAGAGGUGCAGGUGCUGAGCAACUCUCAGUUUUAGUAAGAACUGUGAUCGAAAGCAAAGCAAGCAAGAAUGUGCUUCGCUUAUUUUAUGCACUUGGCUACAAGUUGGAUCAUGAGUUACUGAGGGUCGGGUUUGCGUUCCAUUUCCAGAGAGGCACGCAGAUGACUGUGACUGUGUCAUCAGUUAAUAAGAUGCCACAACUACACAAUACAGAUGAAGCUGUCCCUGUAACUCCCGGGAUACAGUUGGUUGAAGUUACAGCCCCUGCAUCAUCUGAAACUUAUACUGAAGUUGCGUCAGCAGUGUCAUCAUUUUGCGAAUAUCUUGCACCCCUCCUGCAUUUGUCAAAACCGGGAAUUUCAACUGGGGUUGUUCCUACUGCUGCUGCCGCUGCUGCAUCUCUCAUGUCUGAUGGUGGGGGUACUACCUUAUAGCAGAAGUUGUAAAUUUCCUUCAAAUUUUGUAUUUACUGUUACAGUGAUGACUUGCUGGUUUAACCAUAGUUGGUAAUCAUAACAAUAUAUUACAGUAGUUUCUCAUUGCUAAAACUUAAGAGGUGUGCUGGUGACAGUUAACUCAUCACCUGCAAAGUCAAUAAUCAUAACUAUGUUUUUUAUAUGUUUUUCCAAGCAUCUACUGCAUACUAGAAAGGGCUCUAUCAUUUGCUAGUAUGCUGAAUCAUUGACAGGGAUUGGCAAUAGUUUCUUUCGUUGUGCUCUUCUUUUCUAGGCGAUGAGUUAGUUCCUGGAGAAGCAUCCCAGAGUUUGAAGGCCUAGAAUGAAGGAGAUAGACUUGUUUACGCAUGAUACACCGAUUGGUGUACUGAAUUACAGCUGGUUAUGAGCAGUACGGUCCUCAGCUAUCGUCUUUGAUAAUGAUCAUUAUAGGUUAAACUUGUCUAAAUGUGAUUAGUACUCGACUUCAGCAGCUUGAGAAAAAUGUAAUUAAAGUUAGUUGCCUCUUUGUAGUUAUUUGGAUAUAAGUCUCUCUCAGACGUAAUUGCCAUGACAUAAGAAACGUUUCUUCUAGUUCUUUACAACCAUCGUGGGUGAAAAUAGAUUGAGGAAAAAAUGGGAGAGGAAGAAACCUAAUCGACAUUUGUUUUUCCAUGUUGCUCUGACAACCAUUUACCUUGACCAAUUUUAGAGACCCUCGCAAUGUCAUAUGAAACCAUUGAUUAAACAAGCAUGAGUUAGUGUUGACUAAUAUUCAUAUAAAAAUCAGAGUAUCGAUAAAAAUGUAAAAUAACAUGACUCGAAUAUGACAUAAUUACUAUAGAAAAUUACUCAUAAGUGUCAUUUAAUUAGACCACCUAAUUCUAAUUUUUCUUGUACGUAUAUAAGGCCACUUGCUCUUCAAACUAUUUUUUUCUGACCAUUUUGCCCUUUUUAAAAGAAAACCAACUACAUCAUUCAUUCUCUCUCUAUUGCAAAAAAGAAAAUCAUUCUCUUCCUUUCCUCUCUCUCUCUCUCUCUCUCUCCCCCCGGCGAGAAAACCCUUCCUCAUGAUCUUGUUCAGCUCCGGCAGCAUCCUUCCUCACCAUCUCGCUCGGCUCCGGCAGCACAGGACCGUCUGAUGCGACAACUCCGUCGUUGAUUCCGUUCUCCAUUACCGUUCUCAGCCGGAGCCGACCCGAACGGAGACGAGCUGGAGUAGUUCGGCCUCGGAUCUUCGAAUCCAAACGGCAAACCCAUCGCCGCGUCGUCCAACUCUGGCAACCUGACGGUCCCGCGACGCGAGGCGAGGAGGCUGAAGACGAAGCUUCAAAGGACGAGAUCGAGAGCGCAAAGAGCUCUCAACGGCCUGAGAUUCAUCGGCACCGUCUUCCUCAUCACCAGACCGCAACCACUUUAGCUUCAUCUACCUGUGGCUAGAGAAGACAUAUAAAGUGUGGUUGUGUAGUGCUGUGGGGCGCCAAAACAAGAAAACAUGUACAAAGCAAAACUGGCAGUAGCACUUCAACAGUUGAAAUAGCUUUUUACAACAUUGGCAAUAACUUUCUACAAUAUUGGAUAGCAUUGGUAGUAGCUUUGUACAGCAGUGGCAAAGUUUCUUACAUUGAAAAAUGAUAGUAGCAUUACAACAUUGACAUUAGCUUUAUACAACUAUUGUAAUAGCUUUUCACAACAAUGGUAAUGACUUUUUACAACUAUGGAAGUCGUUUUUUACAUAGAUAUAUCAUUGUUGAACCCUGGAUACUUUUUGUAUCAUUGAAUAUGAUUUCUUUCCUCGA